AAUUUAAAUACUUUAAAACUCAUUGUAUGAAAUUAAAAGCAUGGCAGCGACAUCUGUGCUCACGUCUAGCAAAGACAUAACUCAUCUUCUACGUCGCGACUCACGUUUAUUGCUUGUUUACGAAUGUCAUAGAGAGCAUUGAUAGCAAUAAAGGGGCCUAAAAGGGACUUGAGUUAAAUGUCCGAUAAGAAACAGAGAACGUAUACAUUGUGAGUAAAAAACGAACUAACCCAUUGGAAAUUCAAAUCGGAACGACUAAAUAGCCGACGUUGACAGACGAUUGCGCCGACGUCGGAGCAAUUGGAGACCAAGCUGAGUACACAAACAUUCUCUGGCACAAGUGCAUUGGCAAUACGCACUGACGGCGUUGGCGCCGACUGAGAAUGCCGACGAAACCACUUGUCAAAGUUUGCACUUUAUAGAAAAAUUCUCCAAGUUAAAAUUGGAGCUCGAUACGAACGGACGUGUGUAGACGGCAAUUUGUGCGAUACAAUAUAAUUUUCUUUCCAACUCAAGUGUAUUUUAACCAAAUUUACAAUUGAUGAAAAGCUAACAACUUGUCAAGAGUUACAAAAAAGUACUAGCUACAGCAAAAGUAAGUUUGCCACUACGCAAUAAUUAAUUUAAAUUUCACUUUGAAAUACGUCAAAAAUUUGACAAUAAUAAAGUUCUCAAACGCAGUUGAAAUACAAAAUUUCACAGCAGAAAGAAUUUUUGUAUAAAUUUGUGCAGAGAUUGCAUUAAUUGAACAUAAAAAAUUUAAAAAAAUUUGUAACAAAAUUUAUGUGUAAAGCCACAAAAUUGCCAAAUGAAGUGAGUAAUAUAAGCGUGUGUGUGAAAAGUGAGAAAAUUUAGUAAUUGAAAAGUGCAAAAAAACAAUUGUUGUAGUUCAAAACAUUGGGAAUACACGUAAACAGCAUCGAACAACAACAAAGAUAACAGUAUUGACUGCAUUACAAGCAACAAUACGCAAUAGAAGUAGCAAAUACGCGCGGCCCAAAAAAGUGGUAGUGGCUAAGAGGAAAAGGCAGCGGCAGUAAUUAGCAGUUGUGUAAUUUUCAUACUUGGUGAUUGUUAUAAAAACAACAAGGCUCUUUUGAGAACGACAAUUUUCGGAGUGGUGCAGUGUUUUUAUUGCAAGUGAUAAGUUCGUGAAUGGUGUGUAAAUCAAAUGAAUGUGUAGCGUAAUAAAAAAUCAUACAAGUGCGCAAACAUAUGCUUCUAGAUAUACCACAAAACUAUCAGAACAGCCAGCAUAUUAGUUGAGGGCGCGAAUAGCUCUUACCGCCAUAACCCCUUCGCCACAGUAACAGCGCAACGGCAUCCCACGCCCAAAAUAACCGUUGCAGCCCCACCAGCUGCAAUCAACACACUAAUCGGCGUGUUACAGCACCCAUCGUGCAACAAACACAACACGCGUCACCAGCAAGUGGACGCGGUAUACGCCACAACAAUUCCCAGUCGCAAGUCUGUCGCGCUGUCGUACGUUCGGCUAGAACACCCGAAAAGCGUCACUCUGCAAAUCAGUUGCUCAAACGUGAUCGCUAUUACUAUCAAGUAAAUCCGCAGACGCGCUGGUAUACCAUAUAUGAACGUGUGCCAUACUUUCGUUGGGAGCCACGCUUGAGCGGCGUCUACAACAGUCCCUAUCCCCACUACGUACAUUUGCCGCAACAGCAGGGCCAACAAGGCCAGGGCGAAAAGGAGCAUCAUCUAUUGCCAUUGCCGCCACUUAAGCCGAAUGAGGCACAAUUGCCGCAUUUGACAUCACUGCUCGAGAAGGAGAAUCACCAACAACAGUUGCAAGCACAACAAUUGCAGCAGCAGGAAAAGUAUUCACAACAGGCUUUUCAGCAACAUCAGCAUUUGCAAGAACAACUGAAUCUGUCACAUCAGCAGCAGCAGUUGCAGCAAAAGCAUCAGCAUCAGCAGCAACAACAGCAACAAACAAUAAUACGGCAUCAGCAAGUGCAGCAACAACAACACCAAUUGCCACAAUCGCAAUUUAUUUAUCCACAAGCGUCCACACUUGCAACAACCACAACCUACGACCCAUACGACUAUCACCAGUCAGCUGCGCAGUCGCCGGUAACGCUCACACCCCCACCAUCUCCACCGCAAUAUUCACAGUUGCCUCAAUAUUCGCAAACUGUGCAGUUGCCGUCGUAUUCGCAGUCGCCAGCACAAUUGCCGCAGCCGCAAUUAGUGCAAUCUUCACUGUCGUCAUCGCUGCCGGCGUCGCAGUUGCCACCACAAUACAGCCACAGCAGCAGUGCUGCAGAGCAACCACCAAAUCUACAAUUCUACAAUUGCAACUGUCACGGUACCUAUUUGCCAUACGAACAGCUGUCGCCAAACUAAGCGCAUAAGCAACGUCUUGCCAACACACACACAUACAUAAGAUGUUGGAUGAUGAUAAUAAUGAUUUGCUGGCUGCAGCUUCCGAAAUACAACGCAAUCGUUUGUAUUUUGUCACAUUCAAGAAGAACAUCAAACCACAAAGCACACCCAACACACACUACUUCAGCAUAGAUGAAGAAUAUAUUUACGAGAAUUUUUACAAUGAUUUUGGACCACUCAAUAUUUGCAUGCUAUAUAGAUACUGCCAAAAAUUAAAUUCCAAAUUAACCGCAAAAUGUCAUGCCAACAAGAAAAUCAUACACUACACAACGCUCAAUGCGGCGAAGCGUCUAAAUGCCGCCUAUUUGAUUGGCUCAUACUCGAUCAUCUACCUAAACAAAUUACCGAUGGAUGCCUAUCGGCCGCUAGUCGCUGGCGAUAUACCCGCCUACACACGUUUCUGUGAUGCCUCUUUUGGGCCAAGCGGUUAUAAAAUUUCUCUAAUUGAUUGUUUGAAUGCUGUUUACAAAUCGCUAAAAGCUGGCUUCUUCAGCUUCGACGAUUUCGAUGCGGAGGAAUAUGAAUAUUUCGAACGUGUAGAGAAUGGCGAUUUCAAUUGGAUUGUGCCGCAAAAGUUUAUUGCCUUUUGUGGGCCACAUCAGAAGUCGAAAACACUGCCGAACGGUUAUCCAUGUCAUUCGCCCGAACGUUAUUUUGAAUAUUUCCAUGAGAACAAUGUAACCACUGUGAUACGUUUGAAUGCGAAGGUUUAUCAUGCGUCAAGCUUCGAAAAUGCCGGAUUCGAUCAUAAGGAUCUGUUCUUCAUCGAUGGCAGUACGCCGAGUGAUUUGAUAUUGAAGAAAUUCCUCUCCAUAUGCGAGAAUACAAAGGGUGCUAUAGCUGUGCAUUGCAAAGCUGGUCUUGGUCGCACUGGCAGCCUUAUCGGCGCUUACAUCAUGAAGCAUUAUAACUUUACAGCGCUGGAAGCUAUAGCCUGGUUACGACUGUGUCGGCCAGGCUCAGUUAUUGGCCAUCAACAACAAUGGAUGGAAGACAAACAAGCAUGGCUCUGGGCCGAGGGUGAGCGCAUACGCAAACGUUCCGGUUCGCAGUGUCCCAUACACAAGUAUGGCAUUUACAGCAUUGCACUGAAACAGGUCUUAUCAACCGGUGGUGUACCGCAAUUGACACAAACCAAAGAAAAUUGCGUCAAAGGUAUAUCACAAAAGGUGGAUACAAUGCAUCUGCACGAUAGCGAAGAGAUAUCCACUAAUGGCAAUGUCAAAACGGGUGUAACAACGCGUGCACGUUCACCAAUUACCGCCAACACCGUUGCGAACAAUACAACAACGACUAUUCCAACGGGCACGACGCAUAAUCGCCGCUCUAAGGAUAAAGCUAAGGCCGAUAGUCGCAAUGCGAAUGUGAAUAGUGUCAGUGAUGAAGAUACCACUAUCACUGAGGAGAAUGGCGAUGAUGAAGACACCACAGAUAAUUCCAAUGCGACUUAUAUAGCAUCAACCAGGCGACGCAAGUCACCAACAAUACAUGUUGGCACGACACUGGCGUCGGCGGCGGCGUUGAAUUCGCUGGUAGACAGUGUAAAACCGCCAACGCCACCAGUACGACGCACACCACCCAUCGCUGUAAGUGAAGCCGUUACGCGUGUGUCACCCGCUGGCGUUGCGGAGCCGCUUUAUGCCGAAAAGAAGCUGAAGAAACCCUGCAUUGGUUUGGAGGCAGCGCAGCGUCCGACAAUCGCCUCGACGGUAAAAAUGACACAGGCUGCAAUUGAUAAGCAAAACUCACAGACGCAAGGCGAUAAAUUAAAUCAAAUCAAAGCAUUGCGUCGUCAGCAUCAGCAACAAACACACCAGCCAACAACAGUGCAACAGCUGUCACAACAGGCGGCACCAUCGAUAUUACAACAACAACAGCAGUUGACAACGCAGCAUAAUUCGCGUGGCAACAACACCAACGCUAAUGCAUACUCCGUUGAUUUGGAACGGCAUAUGCGCGCUCGUUCACAACCCUUCCGCAACAAUAUUGCCAACAUCAUGCCGAGUGCACAUGGAAAUUCCAGCCCGUCAGACAUGGCGCUGCCGCAUGCAUUGCGACAGGCAGAUUGUCAAAGUAUGGCCGCUGCAACGGCAGCAGCAGCGUCGGCAGCAGCUACAGCGGCAGCGGUGGCACAUGAGGCAAUGCUGGCAGCGACGGCGGCGCUUAACAACAAAAAUCUUUACAAUUCAACACACACGACAACGGUAACAACCGGAACUGGUGCACCGGGCACACGUGGUGAGGGUGGCACUGCUGUAUCGACCACAACGGCAACGUCGGCAGCUGCGGCAACGACACUACCCGGUGGCGGUGGCAGCGUGACGACGCGUGCGCGCAGUCUGGCCAUUUAUAGCAAGAGAAUGGGUUUCAUGCACUUGCGCAAAGCGGAAACACAACAACAACAGCAACAGCUGAGCAAUAACCACAGCAACAGCGCAAUUGGAAAUGUGGCAACAAACAACAACACAACGGCGACAACAAGCAGCGGCUGUACGCUGCCGCAUCAUUAUCAGCACCACCACCAUCAUCACGAUGUCACCGCGCCUACGCUGAGUAGUCUCAAUAAACAAACGAAAACGUACAAUAACACUUUGAUUAGUUCAACAUCGAAUGUCUCGACAGCCGGCAUGAAUGAGAGUAAAAUUCCAGUGGUGCGCGCAAACGCGGCGCUUAUUGAUAUGAGCGGCGUGCCGUCGACAACAUCAGCUAGCAGUAGCGGCACUGGUAUAGGAUCGUGCGCUACAAUACCACCUACGCGCGGCGCCGCAUCACGCGCGCCACAUCAUCACAUGACAUUGCGUGGGCGCUCGCGUAUACGCUAUAAUCGCGCAGGCGCUGCUGCGGUUGGGGCGGCUGUAGAGCCGCCUUGCACAACUGUAACAGCGCGUUACUACCGCGACGCGUCCGCCAUACCGACAAUUUCGAGCACAACGACUACUGCCGCUUCUUCGCCAUUAGACGCUGGCGGCGGCGGUGGCGGUGGUGGCACUGGUUCUAGUGGUGGUGGUGUCGGUGGCGCGCGUUCCGUUUCGGCAACGCUUGAUCUAAAUUCGAAUCCAUUACAAAGCGGCGAUGCCAGCGGCAUCACUGCUUUUGCGCAUAGUAAGGUGACACAGUCGACUUCACUACCAAAAUCGCAUAUUUAUUAUCAGCGACAUCAUCACCAUCAUAGUUAUGGCAGUAAUGCCAAUAAGAAUAAUAUCAACUAUAAUAAUAAUAAUAAUAAUAAUAAUAAUAGCAACAACAACAAUAAUAAUAACAAUAUUAAUGUACAAUUAAAUGAAAAUUUGCGUUCCACACCGCCUCUAGAUACAAACCGGCUGAGUAGCAACAACAAUUGCGGCGCUGGCAGCGGACGCGGCAGUUACGAUGCGAUCAACACAUCGGCAGCCGUUACCUCAACAACAACAGCUGCGCGCGCCUCACCCACUGGCAUCCCAACGGGCAUCACGAAACGCAACAAACGUUCGCUAAGCAGCACGCGCCUCGAAAAGGACAAAUGCGAUGAGUAUAAUACGAAGCUGCUGCGCAAAACAGCUGGCAAUAACAAUGCGACAAUGCAGACUAACAGCAACGCAUGCGCAAGUGCGAGCAAUAAUGCUAACAACAACAACAACAACAGCCAACUAAGUGGUUGCGCCGGCGGAGCAAGUGUUGGUGCUGGCGCUGAGUUAAUUGGUGGUGGCAGCAAUCGAGCGCUGCCACAUGUUGGCGGCUAUCGCACGCGCCAUCACUUAACAAAUGCCGCGGCGGCGCCAACGACGACCAACAACACUAUGCUCGAGUCAUCGACAGCCUCAUCCGCAUCGUCGACUUCCACAUCGGGCAUACCGACACCGACGGCAUCCAACACUGCGCAUGGUUUGUAUUUGCAGCGCGGCAGUGGCGCACGCUAUGCGGCGGCGGCGGUGCUAGCUGUCGAGCGCGAGCGCGAAACAAAACUGAAGCUGCGCAAGAAAAUCAGUUACUGAGUGCGGCGAAGGUGAUUUUAGUUAUUACGUCAUUAUUUAGCAUAUUUAAUUUAAAAAAAAAAAACUAAUUAUGUAUAUAAAAAUUGUAAUCGUAUGUAAACUUAUGCAUACAUAUGCAUAUAUAGUGAAAGUAAAUGCAUGCAACUACAUACUUAUGUGUGUGUAAGUGCAAUUUCAAGCCAAGUGGCAGGUACAAUGAUUUGUUUACGCUGAGAAAGCUAAGUUCAUAUUGUGUAAACGCAUUCUAUGUUAAAUAAUUUUUUUAAACACUUUUAUGUUAACACACAUAACUGCAUUACUUCGACAUGCAUACAUAUGCGUUUUUGUAAAUUAUUUAGCACGAGAUCUCUGUAACUCACAACUGUUUAUGUGAGUUAACAGUUGAUGCGCCGAAAUAUAAUAGUAGCAUGUAGCUGGUCUGCAAAAGCUGCAAAAAAUUUCAUUCUCUCGAACUAGCUCUAUCGCGCUCUAUCACACACACGCUGUAGUGUUGUGCCGUCACUUUAACAAUUGGCACAUAAUUUGGCGAUUGUUAUUGUUUCUUUUGAAAGAAAUUAAUGCACUCAAAGGAAGAGUAAAUGAGAAUUUUCUUAAUACAAUUAAAAAAUUUGCAAUAUUUUAUUAAAUAAAUUUUACUCAUUUUCUUAUGCAUAGAUUUUAUUAAAAAAUAUUAUUAUUAAGUAUCGUAAUUAUGCAAUCAAAAUUUUUAUUUAGAUAUAAAAGCAUGAAAUUUUAGUAAUUGCUGGCGAGAGCCAAUUAAGAUAUGUAGUUUUUUUUGUUUGAAUUUGCUUAAGGGAGUAUUCUAGUAUACAGACAGGCGUUUUAGUUAAUUUUUGAAGUGUCGUAAAAAAGCCAAAUAUUAUUUUAGCUAUCCAUUUUUCUAUUAGUUAUUUAAUAACAUUGCGAGAAUACAGGAAAAAAAAACAAAAAAUAAAAAAGGUUAGAAAUUAAAAAAAAUUAGCAGCUGAUAAAGUGGGGGUCUCAAAAAAUUGGCACGUGGCCAUACCCACGGUUUCUACGCUCCUGGCAAUCUUAAACCAAAAAAUAAUAAUAUUAAUUUAGCAUAAUAUCUCAAUGUCUCGAAGUACGGAAAAGUUGAAAAGAAUAUUUUUCACGAAAUGGCGACUACCAUAACAUAAAACAUCUUUUGUACCACUUUUUUUUGACAGUUUCGAAUUUUUUGAAAAUAGUAAAAAUUGAAAUUUAUCAAUAUGGAUAGUUCCAGACAUAGACAAGUCCAUAAAGAAGACUCUCUAAACAGUUUAGGUAAAUCGGUGCAGCAGAAAGUGAGAAAUCGUGGUUAUCGUUUUGAAAAAAACAGUUUCGUGAAAAACGCGUUUAAAUUGUCAGUUCCGGCCGAACCAGUAUAGAUGCCAGGUCAGCAAAAUACUUAUGUAUAUAUUCUAAAAUAAUUUGAAUUUUGAAAAAUUCUCUUGCAGAGAUAUUCUUGCAUAGUUAAACUUUGAAAAUAUUAUAUAAAUAACAUUUCUAGAAUAUGCCCUUAAAAUAUAAAUUUCGUUUGUUGUACAAAAUUAUUUUUAUUUUAAUUAAAUACAAUUGUGUGGCAACUAGUUUUUUUUUUAUUAAGUAUACAUUUUUUAUCAAGUUAUAAUUUUUUUGAUUAAGGGGUAAACUUUUUCUGCAUUUUACAAAAAUGCACUAAGUUUGGUAUAAAAUUAUCAAAAUAUUCUACAGUAACGUUAUUUAAUUACUUAGAUUUUACAGUCAAUAAUUUUUUGUUGCCUUAUGAUUAAUACACAAAUUAUACAGAAUUUAAGCUAACCUCAAUUGUUUUUAACUGCUGAGCGCAAACAAUAAUGCAGUAGGUUGCCAAUUGGGCAUUGAUGUAAAUAUUGUUUAUAUAUAUAUAUAUUGUUUAUUGUUUAUAUAAGUAUUAUUUAAUUAUUAUUUGCAAGAAUGACUACAAAAUUUAUACAGAUAGCAUUUUUGGAAUCCUAAAAAACUUCGGCAACAGGCACUUUUUUCGAAAUUCAGUUUAAAAUCGUAUAUUUUGUAGUAUAUUUAUUAUUUAUAAGAAUGUAAUUUAUGUAAAUUGCGUAUCAAUUUUAUUUUGAUUUAAAAAAAUUAAAUUUUUAAUAUCUUUGACUGACUAAAAAUCGAGUUCACAAUUUUAAAACAUCACAUCAUGAGUGUAAUGAAUAUUUUUCGUAUUAUAAAUCAAAGGUAAUUUAAUUUAAUUGAAUUACGCAAAUUAAGAAAUGCAAAUAAUUGUUGAUAUAUACAUUGAAUAAUGUGCGGUUAUAUUUUUCUGAAUUUUUUCAAAUUGUUAAUAGAGAUUGUUAUUGGUUUAUGAAACUGAAAUCAUUAUAAAAUGCAGUAUUUACUCAAUUUACUGUUAUUGUCGUUUUAUAUGUUUGAUACAUGUACAUACAUACAUAUAUAUUUCAUUUUCUAAUGUUACAUAAAAUAAUAAAUUUUCAAUACACACCUCACUCACAUACCAGAAUUAAUUAUAUGCUGGUUGCGAAUUUUUUAAUAUUAAAAAUUAGAUUUUCAAUUUUGAAUUCCAAUUUUGGUAUUGAAAAUGAUGGCUCUGCACGCGCUCUAGUUCAACAUUGUAGAAUGCGCCGUACGCAAGCGUGAAAAGAUAUAAAUUCAAAACAAUUUUUUUUUCGUUUUUAAUUAUACAGACAUAAAUUCAUUUUGUUUUUUUUUUGUUAAACCGGUAUUUGGAAUUAGAAAUUUUUAAACUGGUUUUAAUGGAUAUUUUUUUAUGUAUAGCCAAAAAUAUUGUUUUAUAUAAUACUAUUUACAACAGCGCUUGUUUAAAAAUUUACUAAAUUUGGUAAAAAAAUUAGGUUUGAAAAAAUUUGUAAAAAAAAUAUUGUAUCUAAUUCUUAUCAAAUUAUUUUGAAUAUACGGUCAUUAUUCAUAAAAAAAUAAAUAAAUUUUAAUAAAUUUUUUUAAUUAAAAAAUGUAAAAAUUAAAUAUAUAAAUAAUACUAAUUUAAUUAACAAAUAUAAAUAAUUUUUUUUAUAAAAAGAUAUAAAUAAUUUUUUUUUAUUACAAAAUUUAAAUAAUUUUUUUUAAUUAAAAAGUGUAAAGAAUUUUUUUUAAUUAAAAAAUGUAUGUAUAUACACUUUUUUCUGUUAAAAUAAUAAACGACAUCGACAAUAGCUUGAGUAAAUAUUGCGCAAACCCAUUAACACUUGCAUAACAUGUACAGCCUGUAUUGUAAAAAAAAAUUAGCAUUUAGAAUUGUGAAAAAUAAAUAAUUAACUGAAAGUACCUAAUGUCUAGAAACUAUCUAAAAAAACAUUUACAUUUUGUAGUACUCAUUAUGUAUGUACAUACAUAAAUAUAGCAUACAAAAAAAAAGCAUGAAAAACUUUUCUGUGCAGUUUACAAAACACAAUACAAAAAUAUUGUUUAAAUAAAAUAAAAUGAAGUAUUAAAAAUGUGCACAUGUAGAAAACAUACUACAUUAAAAUAAAUAAGUAUAUGUGCUAAUACAUAUAUAAACUUUUUACUAUAUUUGCAAUAUUUUGUAGUGCAAUCAUAUAAUAUGUUAAAUUAAGCGUUAUACAUACAUAUGUACAAACUCGCGUUAUAUAUAAAUUUUAUGUUAAGCCCUAUAAUAUACAUGCCUAUCAUUAUUAUGUUGAUAAAAAUCACCCGUGCAUUAUAAUCAUUACAAUUAUCAAUAUUAAUACAAAAACAUAUAUUCGCAGAAUAAUUAAAAUUGUUUUUUGUAAACAGUUAUUAUACAUAUAUAUUUAUACAUAUAUUUUAUAUGUAGUUAUCAAUUUUUUUUUUUUCAACUUUAUACACUGCUUACAAUUCUACAUAUGUACAUAUAUAUUAACUACAUUUAUUAUAUUUAUAUUUAAAUAGAAUUCAACUAACAAACAUAUACAUACACACAAACACAUGCAUAAAUGUAUCAACUGUGUUUAAAAUUAUAUUAUGAUGAAAAAUAAAAUAAAACUCAUUAGUAAAAGUAAUAAAAAUUUACAUACAUAUACACGUAGUGACAUAAGCACAUACAUAAAUACCUUAGCUCAUAUGCAUGCAUAUAAGAUUAAAGAUAAUACAUUCAUAUAAAUUGCCUUAAAUUGUUGUACAAACUCACUAAUAAAUAACAUAUUAUAGUCAUAGCAAAGUGUAAGUAAAGAAAAGUUAUUUCUUAGUAUAUAUGUAUAUAUACAAACAUACUGAUAUGUAGCAAAUAUUGUAAAACAAUUUUCUUAUGUUUGUACAGUGUCGACAAAUUCAUACAUAAAUAAUGUUUAUACUUAUUAUUAUUUUUUAA